GCAGAGCCGUGGAAUGCUGUGAAGACUCACUGCCCUGCAGCCCCAGGCAGACUCCUCGUCGGAUUAUCUCCAUCCGAAGGAAGCUCGUAGCCAAGAGAGUUCCCGGUCUUCCACCAUGAACCCUGUUUACAGCCCCGUCCAACCUGGGGCUCCCUACGGAAACCCGAAGAACAUGGCGUACACAGGUUAUCCGACGGGCUACCCCACCGCUGCCCCAGCCUACAACCCCAACAUGUAUCCAACCAGCAGCCCCGGCUACGCCCCAGCUACACUUCUGAUGAAGCAAGCCUGGCCACAGACCUCCUCGUCCUGUGCCACGGAGGGCACCUUCCACCUCCCGGUGGACACCGGGACCGAGAACAGAACUUACCAGGCUUCUUCUGCAGCAUUCA